AUGCCAUCCGCUCAGAAAACAGUGCUAUUCCUGUCUGCUACACUGGCUACACUCUUCAUGAGUCUCGCUGACCCGGUCCCCGUGUUCAGCAGUAUGGGGGAACUAUCCGAAAUAUCUGGAGACGAAGUUCAGGAUGUGGACGUAAAGAGUCUCCUUGGCGACCGGCAGAAGUGGCAUCUGAUGGCCAGAGAUCUGUACAAGGACGUGAAGACACUCAGAGACGAGCAGUUUGAGAGAGAUUUCAGAGAGAUGGUGAACAUGACGGCAUUUGAAGGGGUCAGGAUCAGCACUCCUCUCCUCAAACCUUCAGACCGCUGCCUGUCUAAAAACUUCAGCACGGAAAGAUGUCUAACGCGAAUCUACAGCGUCCUGACAUGGUAUAAAGACAACUGGAACUACAUUGAGAAGGAAAAUCUGACCUCAGUCCUGGUGAACGACAUCAAACACAGCACCAAACGACUGCUGGAGGCCAUAAACAGCCAGCUGCAGGUGAGAGACGGAGAGAUGGAUCAGACAUCCAGCACUUCUCUAUCCUUUAAAUCCGCCUGGACACGCAAGACCACGGUCCACUCGAUCCUGUUCAACUUCUCCAGCGUGAUGAUCGACGCCUGCAGAGCCAUCAACUACAUGAGCAGGAGGAAAAGAGGGAAAGACCCCAAGAGGACCGGAGACUGGGGCAGCGCUGACAAGAACUAA